UUUGUGAAGACGGACAGAGCCAUUCCCCCGCGACUGAGAGCGAUGAGUUGCCCAAGAAAUGGAGCCCGAGGCUGUGGAGCCUGCGAUGCGUUUUCGCCACGGGGCGGGCGUCUAGACGCCAGGGAUCCCGGAGCAGCAGGGCAAGAGGACUGGCAGCAGCAGGAGCAACAGCGCCCGGAGCAGCAUUCAGAUGCAUAUGUUAUGAUAGCCCCAAAUCCAACAAAGAGGGAUCAGUUACAGAAAAUUGCUAAUAAAGAGCUGGAAGACCUCGCAAAAUGGAAGGAGCAGUGCAGGCCACGAGUGCUUAAUCUGGUACCCCAGAAACUGGGUGGGAAAACAUCAGAGGCUGAAGUGAGGCGAAAGCAGCAACUUGAACAUAUGCAGUCCAAAUACCGGCAAAAGCUGAAGAGAGAGGAAGAUGAACGAAUCAGGAGGGAGGCAGAAGAAGCUGACAUUUUGAAAAAGAAAGCAAUUCAAAGAGAAAAGGCCAAUAAACUUGAAGAAAAACAAAGGCAACAAGAAUGGCAAAGACGGCAGAUGUUUGAUGAGGACCAUUUCGUAAAAAACACCCAGUUUCUAAAUAGAAUGGAUUUAAGUCCAUCUAAUCGAAGAUCCUAUCAAACAGACUAUCGUAGUCUGGAGUCUACUUCUUGGGCCAGACACCACACACACAGAGAACUCCAAAGGCAAGAGGAAAACAGAAAGCUGCAGGAGAUGAAGGAAGAACAGCGAAGAAAGGCGGAACUAUUAGAACUUAAACAAAAGCAAGAGGAGAAAAUGAGACUAAGAAAGCAUCAGAAUGAGCAGCAAAGGGUGAAUAAUGCAUUUCUGGACAGGCUACAAAGCAAUAGUCAGCCAGGUGGCAUUUACCACUCUGGAUGUCUUGGGAAUAUGGGUUUUACUGCUGACAGCUGGGAAUAUGACUAUUUCCAGUAAAAUGUGAGCAACUGCACAAAAACAAUUAGACAGGAUUCCUGCCACAGCACUUGGAAGAGCUGCCUUGCAAAAACCUUCAGAGAUUUAUUUUUUCUUCUUCUUUCUCUCAUUCUUUUAUUCAGACUUACUUGUUUGACCUGCUGUCUUUCCUAUUACUCGCAAGUAUUUUCAAGCUAUUGAUUAUGGUUCUGGUAUUAAAUCUCAAAGAAACUG